CUCAUAGUCGUUGCUUAUCAAAUGGGUGCUCUAAAAGCCAUGCUUCUCUACUUGAUUAUGCACCAGACAUGGAAGAUCACCGCUGAUGAUGAGGAAUGGAAGUCUGCCACUGCAACAUACGUUAAGGAAACAAAUGGAUCAAUCGUUGUAGAAGGUGCUUGUGGGUAUGCGGACCUUCACAAGGCCACCUAUGGAAAGUACAGUGCUGGACUAAGUAGCAUGCUGUUCAACAGAGGGAGUACCUGUGGGGCUUGCUUCGAGGUCAGAUGUGUCGACCACAUCUUAUGGUGCCUGCAGGGUAGCCCCUCGGUCAUUCUCACUGCAACAGAUUUCUGUCCUCCAAAUUACGGGCUUUCGGCGGAUUAUGGUGGCUGGUGUAAUUUCCCGAAAGAACACUUCGAGAUGUCAGAGGCAGCAUUUACUGAAAUCGCAGAGAAAAAAGCCGAUAUUGUGCCAGUUCAACACAGAAGGGUGAAGUGUGAAAGAAGGGGUGGGCUGAGAUUCACAGUGAGUGGAAAUUUUCACUUCUAUCAAGUCCUGAUCUCCAAUGUGGGGUUGGAUGGUGAGGUGAUUGCUGUGAAAGUGAAGGGUUCGAAAACAGCAUGGAUACCUAUGGCAAGAAACUGGGGACAAAACUGGCAAUCUAAUGUCAACCUUAUUGGACAGCCUCUAUCUUUCGAGGUUACAACCAGCAGCAGAAAAACACUCACAUCUUACAAUGUUGCACCAGCAAACUGGCAAUUCGGUCAGACAUUUGAAGGCAAACAAUUCUAGUGUGAGAGGCUUUUAGGCUCGAGACAUAGGUUCACACUUCCCUUUUGCUUAGAAUGACUAAAAUUCUCUUGCUAUGUGAUGAAGUUGGUUCUUGGUCAAAAGAAGGCAAGAAAGUUGUAAAAGAAGUUGGGAAAAAAAAGGAAUGCAAGGUCCCAGUUUUGUCUCUUUACGUGCUUUUGAGAGUAGAAAGUUAACUGCUCUUGAAAUGUGUAGCUACUGAAAUGUUUAAGGUUUAUAUUCACUUCAAAAGACAAGAGAAAAGUCUAAGAUAUGUAUCUCUUACCGUGAGUUUUUAACCAGGCAAUCCUUGCUUCA